AUGCAACCAGACAGAUAUGUACCAACUUUGGAUGAAUUACAACAAACUUUGGCUAAGGUAAGUAUUUUUCCUCUUAUUUUAUUGAUUUUUAGGAAGAAAAUUGGCUAAAAGACUUCCAAAAGUGCCAAACCACGAACCAGCGGAUAAAUGAAGAUGUUUGCAAACGAUUGGAUAACUUCACACAACAAAUUGAUGAACUCAGAGCUAGAGUAGCACCAUUGUGUAGCAAGACAACGAGUAUUCAACGGAAACAACAAAGUAAAUUGGUUUUAUGAGUCAUUUAUAUUGUUUUAGGUGGUCAAAGACGGAAUGUUUAAUAUCUCAAGGGUCUUUUGUCGAAAUCAAUUUGAAUUUUGUGAGAAGUUUAAUAGAGUAAUAGUGAAACUAUUGGCAUAAAAAAUUUAUUUAAAUUUUUGUCCAAAAAAUUUUGUAUGAUAAAAAGAACACGUUAUCCCAAUGAGCUAGAAGGCUAACUUAUUUUUAUUAUAACUUUGCUUUCAACUCACGAGGUUUAAAACUUUUGUUACUUGUUUUAGUUAGAGCAAUGUAUGAUCGAAAUAGGCUCAAUGUUUUAAAUUGUUACCUAUUCUUUAAAAAAAGUUAUGAUUAGAAGUAUUAAAACAUCCCUUAAAUUCCUAUUUUCGUAUAUUAUCCACGAAGAUCUUGAAAACAGCCUACCCAUCUGUUUCCAGACGUAAAAAAACUGUUGGGAAUCGUCGAAGCAAGCAUACAGUUCUAUGGCAAAACCGUGGAAUUCGAGUCGGCGUUCCGAAGGGGGACGGCCAACUUCUCGCUACCCGAAUAUCUGGAGCGAAUGGACGGAUUGAGGGAGGCGAUCGCUUUCUUUGGCCGCAAUUCCGCCCAUAAAGGGCAGCUGGAUACAAUGGUUUGUGCAAACACUUUUCAAUCAAUCUGGGCUGUUUUUGAGGGAAAUUUGGGUUUUACUUGACAUUAAGAACAAUAUACGUGGUUUUAUAAUAAGUUAUAUUGUAGUAGGUGAUUGGAGUUGGUUUUUGGAUGAUAUUUUUAGUUUUUUUUAUGUAGAUGGUUUAGAUUAUAUUGUCAAAGGUUAUCGAGGUUUUAUUUUAGCUUUUUUUGAUUAUGACAGAAAGCUUUACUUUGUGGGCAAUAAGUAUUUAAAGUUAUAUUGUAGUAUGUGAUAGCUGUUAGAUUUUAGUGGAUUUUGAGGUUAUAUUGUUGUAAGAUGAUUUAGGAAAUAUAGUUGAAGGCAAGUUAAGUCUUAGUUCAUUAAAUUCAACUUACUAUAGCCGUGGUAACGAACUACAUUGGUAGCGAAGCUCAAAAUUUUUCCGAUUUUUUGGUCGUUUUAGUCAAAAUAAAAAUCAAAGUUAAGUUAAAAUGACAUUUUUAAUGACAACGUCUUUUAGAAAGAGAGUUUCGAAGUUGGCUGCUCAUUUCUGGAGACAGAAUUCAACAAUGCAGUACGAUUUGAAACGGUACCAUUGGAUCCAGUGAAGAUUGCUGAUUGUCUGGAUGAGAACUAUGGUAUAGUUUAUGAUUAUAAUGUGAAUAUGUUUCUAUAUUAUGAUUAUCAUGAGGAUAUAUGUUUAUAUUUAUUUAAAAAUUAUGAUCAUUGUCAUGUCAAUAAAGUCUUGUCGUCAAUUUACAUUGUUUUGCAAGUCGAAAAACGACAAAACUUUUUUGACAGUUCUAUUUGAUUAUAUUUGCUUAAAUAAUUAAUAACUGAGAUUAAUGCUAUACUGUAAUAGUACUGUAAAACAAUUUUUUCAGAAAUCUCAUCCACCAGACUGUCAGAGCUGCAGACUAUCAAAGACACCUCAAAGUUGGCGAUUCUAGGACGAUAUUUGCAUAAAAAUACGAACAAUCAAGAUUACCUACAGUAUUAUAUCACAAAUAGAGCUCAGAACAUCAUAAAGACGAUUAGAUUGGCGAACGAUCAGUUGAGAGGCUUCGCUCAGAAUAAGGCCACUAGGAUACAGUUUAUCAAAAGGUAGGGGUUUGGAGGUGGUGGGUUUUGUAAUAGCAGUAUGAAUCUUAAUCAUAUCUCUAUUUUUAUCGUAGUGAUAUUAAGAGUUAAGGUAGGAGUGCAGUACGGUAAUGUGAGACAUAGAGCAAAGGAUAGGGAAAUUAGGAUAAGCUAAGCUGAGGUAACCUAGUAAAGCUUAGGCUAGUGUAAUGUUAGUUUUUUUGUAAAACAAUUUUAGCGAAUAGCGCUGCUCUUCGUAUUUUACACUGAAUUUUCAGCACAUUCCGAAGAGGAAAGACUGGAGAAAGGCAAACUGAUGAUCCAUGGGGUGAAAGUCUGAUGACCCUAACAGCUAUUUCGUUAUCAAUUGUCAUGGCUAUGAUUCAGGUGAGAUUUAAAAAAAAUAUAGCUUUGUAUGUUUGUUAUAGUCAAAAAUCGUAUUUACUAAUGUAAAGUUUAUCAUUUUUAGAUCGAAACAGAAGUAGCAUCAAAAAUCUUUCAAAACGUGGACGUUGAAGCCCAAUUGGUACGACGAAUUGCAAGUCAACCGUUACAGGAGGUCAUGGAAAAGGUAAAAAACAUGUUAUGAAUGACAAAUGGUUUUUCUUGUGGAGGAGUUCGUUAUACAGAAGUUUUACUAUAUUAACUGUUUCUUUUUAAAUUUUAUUCAUUUUCAGGCCCCAGUAAGUCAAUUCGAAUCCAACUUUGUCUCCAUGAUCCCGCUAGUUCGCCUCCUAACAGUCCACUCGGCCCAACUCUCGUCGCUAACUCAAAAUGCUGGCCAAUCCGACCUGUACCAAAGCUUUUGCCGCAAUGUCUUCAAUAAAGGAGCUCACGUCAUCAACGAUUUCAUCGACCAUCUAACUAAUGAACAUAUGAGAUUUGUGCCCGAAGAUGGCAAUGUCCAUGAAAUCACUUCGAAUACGAUGAACUUUUUAAAAAUCCUGGCAAAGUAUCAGAAUGUGGUGGUGAAUGUAAUGACAAGGUCGGGCAAAGCGGAUGGAAGUGAACCGGUUUUACCUAAAUUGUUUUGUAAGCUCUUUUAUCCGUCCUACGCUUAUUAUCUUACCACUGUCUCAGCGCCGGCUUUCAAAAAUUUUAUUUAUAAGGAAAGUGCCCAACCUGCAAAUUGCAGAAUUAGCUCAAAAUUUUUAUACAGACUCUUUGUUGUAUUAGUAGCACAUAUAAAAAAUCUUAGUUUGCGGUUUUAAGUUUUAAAAUUAAUACAUUUAAAUUUUCCGCCAAUUUGGCAAAUUUGGCAUUGUGUUGCAAGCACUUUUUUUAAUGUUCUCGAUAAGAUAGGCUUACAAAUUUAAAAUUCCAGGUUUAUUUGAAGUUUUUCUAUUAUUAUAUUAAAGAAAAAUAGUCAAAAGUCAAAAAACGACAAAUUUAUAAGCUUAAAACACUAUGCCAAGUUGGCGGGAAAUUCAAAACGCGAUUUUUUGAUUUCGAUUUUCUCAAGUAUGGCCGCAAACUGCAACUUAGAAUUUUACAUAAGGUCUUACAUUUACAUGAUCUUUCAAUAAAAAAAAUUUGAACGAAAUCUGAGCGUUGCAGGUCGGGUACCUUCCAUUUUUAAUUUAAAAAAUCAUACCUAAAACCCUAAUUUGUUCUUCAAUUUCAGCGCAAAUCCUCGCGGCCCUCGGGGUGAAUCUCAAAAACAAAUCCGGAGCUUACGCCGAUCCCUCAUUAACAGCCCUCUUCCUCUUCAAUAACUUUAGUUACAUCAAAAACGGCCUCAAGGAAGAGCCAUUGAAGCGAAUCGCGAGGGAUGUGAAGUCAGCUCAAUUGGUGUCAUUUUAUGAACAACAAAUCUCAGGAUAUUUGAAAAAGUACCUAGAGAGCUGGAAUAGAGUACUGGCGGUUCUGAAUGACAACACCAAUGGCAGUGUCAAGUCGAAAUAUGCGGUGAGUGGGGGUGUACAUAUAGGAGUUUUGAGGGAUAUUGUAGUAGUGUAGAAGAAUGGAAGGAAGCUUUUUGUUAUUGUGCGGCUUGUAAAGAAAGUUUUUGCAAUUUUAUGUAUUGUAAAGAAAGUUAUUGCCAUUUUAUGUUUUGUAAAGAAAGUUUUUUCGAUUUAAUUUUUUGUAAAGAAAGUUCUUACUCUUUCAUGAUUUGUAAAGAAAUUUCUUGCCAUUUUGUUCAAAAGAAAACAAAUUUUGCGUUAUGCAGACCGAGAGUGACAAGUUAUACGAUGAAUUCCAUUUUGAACAUUUCAGAAUUUUAACAAAGAAUUUGACAAUGUGAUAGCCGCCCAAAAACACUUUUGUGUGGUAGACGUGCCAACAGCAGAAUACAUUCGAAAACGGAUCAAAGAUUUGGUUUUGGCACCUUACAUCGAGUUUACCAGAAAGUGAGUUUUGAAAUUUUGAAAAAAAAAUUAAAUUUUUAAAAGUUUUAGGUAAUAAAUUUUUUUUAAUUUUGAGUUAUGAUAUGAAGGUCUAUUCAAUGAUGGCCAGUUUAUAUAUAGGUAGUCAGGCUUCAAAUUAUUCUGUCAAAAAAGUCUUGUUGCCAUUUUGCCUUGGUUUGCACGGUAAAAAACGACAAGUUUUUUGACUUUUUAUAUUGACCUAAAACAACAAAAAUAGGUUUAUACAUAAAAAAUACGGUAUUAUUUGUUUAAAAUUUUCAAAAACUUAGUUAUAAAUGUCAUACCCACCACCUAUAUUGUUAUAGACACUCCCAAGAAGCGGCCAACUUCAACCUCGACCGACAACUAAAAUACGACGCGGAGUCGGUCGAAAUAAUCAUCAACCGACUAUUCGACGUCUCCUAUUGA